AUGCAGUUUACUGGAAGCAGCAGACGGAAGUUGUUGAAGGUGGGGGCUGAUAGACAGGAUCAAUACCCUCUUAGCCUUCAGUUCUACCUGCAGCCUCCCACUGAAAAUAUAUCUCUAAUAGAAUUUGAAAGUUUUGCUGUUGACAGACUCAAAUUACUCAAAGUAGUAGAGAACUUGGGUGUGAGUUAUGUGAAAGGUUCAGAGGAAUAUAAUAGAAAGCUGGCAUCCGAAAUUCGGGCUCAUAAAUUUCCGUACAAGGCUUUGGCUGAAGAAGAUUAUGAUUCAAGAAGAAAAGAUCACAUUUCUCAUUUCAUAUUGCGCCUUGCCUACUGCCAAUCGGAGGAGCUUAGGCGGUGGUUUAUCCAGCAAGAAAUGGACCUCUUUCGCUACAGAUUCACUCAGCUAAGUGGCCACUUGACUGAAAAGUUCCUUGAAAAUGUCAGCUUGUCAUAUGAUGUUAUUCCAAAAUCCGAAAAGGUGAACAUUGGAGAGAAGCUGCGAAACUCAACUGCUGGUUUGGGUGGUGUUAAAAUAGAAGAGUUUGUCUUUUACAAGGUUCCUUUCUGUGAUGCUGUGGAUUUAGUCCGUGUGAGAAAAGUUUACCUUCAUGGCGGCUAUGCCUAUGUACCUCAGCAAGAUUUUGUUACCAUUGUUCUGAACAAUUACAGAACCAAACUGUCAAAAGCCCUGGCACUCACAGCACGGUCAUUGCCCAUUGUACAAACAGAUGAGAGACUCCAGCCUCUGCUCAGUCAUCUCAGUCAUGCAUAUGUUGGUCCAGAUUACAGCAUUGAAAGAAACAUUGGGAAAAUUUCAUUAGAACAGAUUGAUACUCUUUCUGUUAAAUCAUUUCCUCCCUGCAUGCGCCAACUGCACAAAGCUCUGCGUGAUAACCAUCAUCUCCGUCAUGGAGGCCGUAUGCAAUAUGGUUUGUUCCUAAAAGGCAUCGGUUUAACACUAGAACAAGCUCUACAGUUCUGGAAAUCUGAAUUCAUCAGAGGAAAAGUGGAUGCAGACAAGUUUGACAAAGGAUAUGCUUACAGCAUCCGACAUUCCUAUGGAAAAGAAGGCAAGAGAACUGACUAUACGCCAUUCAGCUGCAUGAAAAUUAUAAUGUCCAACCCACCAGGCCAAGGGGAUUAUCAUGGGUGCCCAUUCCGUCACAGUGAUCCUGAGCUGCUGAAGCAGAAGCUGCAGUCAUAUAAAAUCCCUCCCUCUGGGAUUACUCAGAUUUUGGAACUGGUGAAGGGCAUGCACUAUCAGUUGGCCUGUCAGAAAUACUUUGAGCUGACCCAUGACGUCAAUGAUACUGGGUUUUCUUUGAACCACCCAAAUCAGUAUUUUGCAGAGAGUCAGCAGCUACUCGGUGGCAUCAAGGAUAUCAAGAAAGAACAAAGGCAGCCUGAAAGCUCCCACCCAAAGCACAGCAGCCACACAAGUAUAAAUACAACCUCCACUACUUCUUCUGUAAAUACAACAGAGGAAAUGGAACUGGAGGGACUUGAUGACUACUUUGCUGAAGAUUAAGAAGCAUCUGUUUCCAUUUUGCAAUAUACUUUUUACCAUCUCUAUAUUUUGAAGUAGCUCUUUUGAGGGUCAGGAGCUGGCAUCAUGGUGUACAUAGGCCUCUUGAAUGCUGCCUUAAACA